AAGGGAAAAAGCGAGCUCCUGACCUGCAACUUUGCAUCUGUGCCUGUACAUGAAAUUAGGAUUAAGAGCUAAUUAGGGAAGCAAAACUGUUCCAUGUGAAAAAAUUGGAAAUUUGCGCUGAAGAUUCUUCCUUUCUAACUUUCUAUCGCAUUCGGAUCGAAAAUUUGGUGGAGGAUAGGUGCAAUUUUCGUCAGAGGAAGUGGAGAUAGUAGAUAGAUGAAGGACCCAUUGCGAAGAACCAAAGUGGUGUUGCGGCACCUGCCUCCAUCCCUCGGCCAAGCCGAUCUCCUUGCCCAAAUCGACGAUCGUUUCCGUAAUCGCUACAAUUGGUUCUCCUUCCGCCCCGGCAAGUCAAGCCAUAAACAUCAGAGGUAUUCUCGAGCCUACAUAGAUUUCAAGAAUCCAGAAGAUGUUUUUGAGUUUGCUGAGUUUUUUGAUGGACAUGUGUUUGUUAAUGAGAAAGGCACUCAGCUUAAGGCAAUAGUUGAAUAUUCUCCUUCACAGCGUGUCCCAAAGCCAUGCAGUAAAAGGGAUGGUCGUGAAGGGACCAUUUUUAAAGAUCCUGAUUAUCUGGAGUUCCUCAAACUGAUUGCAAAACCUGUUGAGAAUCUUCCUAGUGCUGAGGUCCAGUUGGAAAGAAAGGAAGCAGAGCUAUCUAAUGCUGCAAAAGAAAUCCCGAUUAUUACACCCCUAAUGGAAUUUGUGCGCCAGAAGCGAGCUGCCAAGAAUGGAAUACAGAGGUCAGUCACUACAGGGAAGGUCAGAAGAUCUGGGGCCACAUCUAAAGGCAAGGCUGGUGUGAGUGCUACCAAGCGAUCAUCUGAGAAGAAAAAGUAUGUUCUAAAGGAUGGUGCAAAAUCUUCAAGUCGCAAGGACAAGUCAAAUUUUGUCGUAAUGUCAAGGCGAAAGGAUAAAUCAGUAAUUUCAAGUGUCUGCAGCAUUGAUACGCCGGUGACAGGGGUUACUUUGACUUCUGAGUCUGGAAAGAAAAAGAUCCUGUUGUUAAAACCAAAAGAUAGAGAAGCUCCUCAUCAGGAUGCUGUGUCCCCUGUUACAAAUUCAUCCACUUCACCUGCUUUGGGGCAGAAUCGGAGUCGGGAGGCUGGUGGAAGGUUGAUAAGAAGCAUACUUUUGAAUAACGAAGCAUCACAAUCUUCUGCAGCAGCUCAGCCUCAACAGAAAGCUCAAACAAUCGGUUUGGAAUAUAUUAAGCGACCUCCCCGUCCCAGUAACACUCAGUUGGGUAUGAAUGGUCAUGUCACUAAUAAUGAACCAUCUUCAUUUGGUUCUGAUGUUGAUUCAAAAAGGAUGUCAGAUGAUAGAUUUGGAAAAAAAGAAAAGCACAGUUUGGGUUCUACUGGUGAGAAGCAUGAAAAACGUACUAGGAAUAAAGACAGGCCUGAUCGUGGAGUAUGGGCUCCUCUCCGUCGUGCUGAUUUUCCGCAAGCUAAGGAGCACUGUUCACAUGCAUUGCAAUCUAGUCAGCUGCCUUCUGAUUCUGUUGAAGUUACCCUGGGAGAAAUGAAAGGUGACAUACCUCAUGGAAGCAGCGGACGUAAUGGCCAUUCCGUGGAAAAUGGUUCUCAUCAACAUUUUGGUUGGCGAAUAGGAGCCCAAAGUUUGAAGGAUGAUGGAUCUGCAAUAUCAACCGAGGUGAAGUCUUCAAAAAGAGGGGGUGCUGCAGGUGGUGGUGGUGUCCAUGAGAAACAAGUGUGGGUGCAGAAAUCAUCUGCUUCUUAGAAGAUCUACCUAAAUCUUGUAAGCCUUCUCCACAUUUUAGUUUCCUUCAGCCCUAGUGCAUGAGAUUUUAACUGUUUCUUCAGUAAAUACUAAACAGGAAAUUCAAGCUAAAUGUACAAGAGCGUUGCCAAAUGCUAGGAUUUGUAAUGGCAUUAAUAUAGCCAGUGGUGCAGA